AUGCGUCUUUCACCAAAGUGGUACCAGUUCCUGGUUGGCGUGUUCGCCUCGUUGGGUUCGUUCCUGUACGGAUAUGACUUGGGUGUUAUUGCCGAGGUUAUCAUCUGUCAAUCGUUCACAUCGAAGUUUACUCCAACCGAUACCGAGAGUGGUCUGGUAGUAUCCCUGUUCACAGCUGGUGCCUUCUUCGGUGCCGGAUUUGCUGGUCCCAGUGGCGAUUACCUUGGCAGAAGACGAACUAUCUCGUUGGGAUGCUUGGUCUUCUGUCUGGGAGGUGGCCUCCAAACCGGCGCCAGAACCAUCGCCUAUCUAUACAGUGGGCGACUCCUUGCUGGAUUUGGUGUCGGUUUCCUCACCAUGAUGAUUCCUCUGUACCAAGCCGAGAUCUGUCAUCCCAGCAUCCGUGGCCGAGUAACUGCUCUGCAGCAGUUCAUGCUUGGUGUUGGUGCUCUAUGCGCUUCCUGGAUCUCCUACGGUACAUACGUCGGCUUCUCGCCAGACAACCACGCCCAAUGGCAAUUACCUCUGGGCUUGCAGGUUGCCCCUGCUGUGUUCCUGGGUCUUUUGAUAAUGUUCUUCCCCGAGUCUCCUCGCUGGCUCAUUGAUCACAACAAGGCCGAAGAAGGUCUGAAAACCUUGGCCAAGCUCCACGCUCAUGGUAAUGAGAACGACCCCUGGGUCCAGGCAGAGUUCGCCCAGAUUCAGGAGAGUAUCAACUUCGAGCACGAGAACGAGGCCAAGUCAUAUGUUGAGCUCCUGACACACCGCUCUUCGUUCCGUCGGUUGUUCCUCUGCUGUGCACUCCAAGCCUCUGUCCAGAUGACCGGUGUAUCUGCCAUCCAAUACUACUCCCCCAAGAUCUACGAACAGAUCGGAAUCUCAGGCUCAGAUACCCUCCGCUACCAAGCAAUCAACUCAAUCAUUGCUUUAAUCGCCCAAUUCCUCUGCAUGAUGUUCAUCGACCGCUUCGGUCGUCGCUGGACAUUGAUCACCGGAAACCUCGGCAACAUGGUAACAUUCAUCAUCGCAACAAUUCUCCUCGCCCAAUUCCCCCCUUCAACCAACAACACCGGCGCCCACUGGGGCUUCAUCAUCAUGACCUGGCUGUACAACUUCUCCUUCUCAGCAACCUGCGGCCCACUUUCAUGGAUCAUCCCAGCCGAAGUGUUCGACACGCGCACACGUUCCAAGGGUGUCUCGAUCGCGACGAUGACUUCAUUCGCGUUCAACACUAUGAUCGGUCAGGUUACGCCCAUUGCCAUGACGAAUAUCCAAUACCGGUUCUACUACAUCUUCGUCGUUUGCAACUUCACUAAUGCACUCUUCUUCUAUCUCUUGUUGCCCGAGACUAAGAAGGUGCCUCUCGAGGAGAUGAACCAGAUGUUCUCUAAUGCGCCUUGGAUUGUGCCUGGCAGCAAGAGGGAGAAUUAUAUGACUCAUGAUCUGGAGCGGAAGGUUGAGGAGCAGCAGGUUAAGCAGAAUACCAUGCAUUUUGAGGAGGAGAUUUGA